GCCCACCUGACGAUACAUGGCUUAAUUUUAUGGAGUCGUUAUGCACAAGGUCGUUCACCUUUCUCGGUAUGCGCCAACGGCUUUGUUCGGCAUCUCUGCCAAGGUGACCUUUUCUGCUCCUCUAGUCGCAGCUUGCCCAGCGAACAACUUGAAUGUCCUAGUCGUUGCGACCCCAGUCUCAGUUCCAUCCAUAUCCAUGGUCUAUCACAUCGUCAUGGUGGAGUCGGUGCAGGGUCCUCCAUUUUUUAUGUUCGCUCUUCCAUGCAGCUACGAGACGCUACUUUUUCGCAUAGGUGCUGGCCAGGCUGAAUAUAUUGGUGACUUCAGAUUGGUGACAUGCUGUGGGAAUUUGUUAGUGCUUCGAAUCAGUACAAGCGCCAGGGGCCGUCUUAUCGGAUCCCACACGCCGAAAACUCCGGGUCCAGAUCUGCGGAUAUGCCAUUUGCUGCAUCUGUCUUCUAAACUUCGCUCCUUACUCUACCACGCUCCCUUGUCAACCAGUUCGCUUCAUCGCAUCACAUCCCCCGCCAUGAAGCUCUCAAUACUUCGAUUUCAUGCCAUCGUGGCAGCGACCAUGUUCGCAACAAUCGCUUUCGCCGAGCAUACCAGCAACUGGGCCGUUCUCGUCUGCACAUCACGAUUCUGGUUCAACUACCGCCAUCUCGCCAAUGUCCUCUCCAUGUACCGCACCGUUAAGCGUCUGGGUAUCCCUGACUCCCAGAUCAUCCUCAUGCUUCCCGACGACAUGGCCUGCAAUCCCCGGAACGCGUUCCCUGGAACCGUCUACAGCAAUUCUGAUCGCGCUGUUGAUCUCUACGGCGACAACAUCGAGGUGGACUACCGUGGCUACGAGGUUACUGUCGAGAACUUUAUUCGCCUGUUGACGGAUCGCGUGGGCGCGGAGAUGCCGCGAAGCAAGCGCCUUCUUACCGAUGAUCGAAGCAAUAUCCUGGUUUACAUGACUGGUCAUGGUGGAAACGAGUUCCUCAAGUUCCAGGAUGCUGAGGAGAUUGGCGCGUUUGAUCUUGCCAACGCUUUUGAGGAGAUGUGGGAGAAGAAGAGAUAUCACGAAAUCCUCUUCAUGAUCGAUACCUGCCAAGCGAACACUAUGUACAGCAGACUUUACUCCCCUAACAUCAUCGCCACCGGUUCCUCCAAGCUCGAUCAGUCCUCAUACUCACAUCACGCCGACAACGAUGUAGGAGUCGCCGUCAUCGAUCGAUACACGUACUACAAUCUUGAAUUCCUCGAGAACAACGUCAAGGACCUGAACAGCCAGAAGACAGUGGGCGAACUGUUCGACAGCUACGACUUCGGCAAGAUUCACUCACAUGCCGGAGUGCGCUACGAUCUCUUCCCCGGCGGUGAAGAAAAUGCCCGUAGCCGUCUGAUCACAGACUUUUUCGGCAAUAUCCAGAACGUCGAGGUUGACCGCAGCGGCAACCUGACUCUCGAGGAGGAUCUCCUGGCGCUCAGCAAGAAAAUUGUCCUUCUGCAGCAGAGGGAAGCAGAGGCAGCCAAGGAGUCUGUUGGGGAGAAGGUAUCUGCAAAGGCACCUGCCAGUGCUCCAACUGAGACAGCCAGGAAGAUCCAAAAAGCCAAGGCAUUGACGGAUGACAACUGGUGGACCAAGAAAGUCGUUGGUACUCGCAGUCUAAUUCGAGUAUAUGUAGUUCAACACCUAGCAGCACAAAACGAUCGUAUUUGGCUGACAAGGCCCCUCAAAACAAUUCAUCUCAAGUCGCGUCCACUGACAACUCAUGCCCUAGCAUGGUCUUGUGACGCCGAGCUUGCAGUUGCUACAGAUGAUACUAUUUACAUAUUUCUUCCCGAGUAUCCGAGGAGUGGUGGUCCUGACGAAGGAGCGGAUGAAGAAGAAUUACAGAGCCAGUACACGCUCUCCUAUCGGGCCUCAGGCUUGAUCCGUCCAGAUCCCACAAUCAAUGCACAGCUUUGUUCGUUUUCCGGUAUCAGAGUGGCUGGGCCGCCAGCUAACGACGAGAAUUGGUUUCCUGGCGUGGGGAAUGGGUUAGUCACAGGUUCGGGGGCGCCAAUCUGCCAGAUUGUGAGGUUAGAAUGGUCACCAAAUGGAUUAGGUUGCAAUCUUCGACCUAUCUUAACAGCGCUGUCGACCAGUGGGUGUAUAUACGCGAUUGGUGAGCAUAUCGAUCGGCAGUCUGCAAUGAUAGCAGGCAUGCGGGUUCGAAGCUUCAAGGCAUGGAAGACACUCUGGGGCCUCGGAGCCCAACUUCCACUGCCCGACAGCAACGAGGAAGAUGGAUACCGAAAUAUGAAUGAACGCAUCCAGGCCUUCUCGUGGGCCAAAGAAGUGGAUACAGGGAGAGGUCUUCUAGCGUACUGCAACGAUGUCGAAGAAGUAGCUGUAAUGGCGGUGCAGCUCUUCUCGCAGGCAAAGGAAGGGGAUCCCUCGUGUGAAGAGACGCGAUGGGACAUCCAAGAAGUUGGCCGGUUUGAUGGUAGAGGGAGACAUAUUAAGGAAGAUGCUGUGGAUAUCACAGAUCCCGAUUACGUGCCUCAUGGGAGUGCCUUUUCUUUGAAAUGGAGUCCUUGGUUCAAUAGCCAAGGCAAAAAUAUGGCUAUACUGGCAUAUUUGGCAAAGAAUCAUGUUGGGUUCCGAAAGAUCACUAUCCUGGGCAAUUGGGAGAGAGGCCAGCCUCCACACAUCGAAGUCGAGAAGACGGAUAUGACAGCCAUUUGCAUGUUUCUAUCAACGGAUGCGUAUAUCGAGUGGGAAGACCUGAUCGUAUAUGACGAUGAUAAGCCCAUAGUCAGGGGCGUGGUCGCUGAUCCGUUCAAUGUGAAGCCGUUUCAGGUUUCGUUUGUUGGCGACGCUGAGGAGUUGGCUGGCGCUCACUAUACUUGGGAGUGCUCGACAACGUAUUCCAAGGAAGAUGAAAUAGUCUCAUCGAAUCCUAUUUCUGGACUUCUAAUUCACGACCAAGGCAUAACACACACAGGAUCAGUUCCGUACUACUCAAUCGCCAGAUUAUCUGCAACAUCACGCAACCAAGACUGGUUUCAAACAAAUCUUCCUGACUCGGAGGCUUCUGUGCCAAAAUGGGCAACAAGAAUUCGGAAGCACACAACACGGCUCGUUGCAAGAGCGGUUGCGCUGGAAGGAUUAGACUCGGAUUCAGAUGACUCGGAAGACGACCUAAUGGACGACGACGCAGCACAACUACAAGUUCCCGAAUCGAGGUACCGCAUCUGGGGCAUGGUGCAUUCACCCGGCGGCGGCACAACAGCAGUGCUUGUGUCACGAUACAGCACUUUGCACCCAGAAAGGCGAGCACUCUGUAAACUCAUGUUCUCAAGAAGAGACGAAGAGCGUGGCGAAUAUGAUGCAGUCACACCAACGAAGCCUUUGACUACUGAAGGCCAGGUGUGGGAGUGGAUGUACGGGAAUGCCCCUGAAGUGCUUGGGACUACAGCAACCCGCAAGAUAUCUCCGGAGCUUAACAAUUCUCUAUUGAGAGAGCAGUUCAGAGAUAUUGCAGCUAGCCAACACUGCGUAUUUUGCGAUGCGGCUUUACGUUUGGAAGAGGAAGAGGCAAAAUGUGAAAACGGACAUUUGUUUGCGCGCUGUGCUUCUACGGGACUGGCGAUAAUGGCUCCUGAUAUUUCUCGGAUCUGUGCAGUGUGCGAGUUGCGAUGUCUGAAAGUCGCAGAGUUGAAGCGUGUUGUCGAGACGCAUUUUGGACCAGAGGCAAAUGUACAGGCAUCAGGGGAAGUUUGUGGUGGAUGUGGGGGAAAGUUCGUCGCAUGAACGAAUAGGCGCCUGAAGUACAAAUAAAACAGCAGAAACGAUUUGGUGGCAGAUCAGCGAUAUUGGGUGCAAGCGAUUCCGCUGUAUCUUCCCGAUGGGGGGGUUCCUCCUAUACACCACCAUACAGGUACUUUGAGAAAAUGCUCAAGGGAGCCGGGAGAUGAAGUUCAAGCUCAAGUGUUCUUUAAUUAAAAGCAAAAUCAAGGCUGCAUACGCACAGGGAUAGGAACACACCAUAUAAGUUACAGAUAUCCUGUCCAUUAUUG